CACGCGAGUUUGUAUAGUAGUAUUGUUAUGAAGAAACUUUUACGUUGUGAUGACUAUCAUCUGUUAUUUUUACAUUUCAAGUUUUCUUUCAUUUUCUCAUUAACUAUGGAUCCAAGACAAAAGCCAUAUUAGCUGGUAAAGCUUUUCUGAUGCCUUUUGUUAACAAUUCUGAAUGAGACAUGUUUAGCGUUUAUGUUUUCUUUGUUAAUUAAAUGGUUCAGAAAUCAACAAAACUGUAAAUACAACAUCACAUUUGAGUUAUCAUUAUUUCACAUCAGUUUUCUUAAACAUAUAGAACAAACAUCUACAUUGUGGUCAUACAAGUUACUCCCGCUUUCCAAGAAUUUAGUUAUAUAUUUCAACUAGAAAAAUUACAAACAUAUAUUGACAUAGUUAAAUCACUUACAACAAAAUAGUUUUAUGUGCUCAAAAGUGGUUUAACUGAAUACCAAACCUCUUGUUUUAUUUUUAAAUAACCAAUGAUAAGACAACAGAAAAGGGCGAAAAAUCGUUAAUCCAGUUUCCGGAAAAAAAAUUUAUUAGAGUUCUAUGCAGAAAAACAACAACAUUAUACAAAGAGAGUGUACGAAAUCCAGUUAGAUAACGUAAAUAUUUCAUGAGACGAAUUUACAGCUGAAACUUACGCACACAGGCACAAACAAACACACUGCCCUUCUAACCAGUUUUUGUAUAAUAUGGCAGGUACUAAUAAUAAAAGUUGAGAUAUUAGAUAAUUUUCUCAGAGUAUAUAUAUAAAGAGAAAAUGUUGAAAUCUUACAGUAAUCUGCAGGUCCACUGAAAAUAAAAGCUGGAACGGGAUGAAGAAAAUAGUUGAGUUCGUUAUGUCAAUACUGCUGUUGACAGCAGUGAUACAAGCUGAAAAAGAGGGUAAGGUAGAUACAGAGUUAAAAGCCUCUGCUAGUAGUUAUAGCGGCGGUGGAAUACAUGGAAACAUUGACAAGUUCAUACCUUAUGGAAGAUUGACCUUAAUUGUUAAGGCUAUACCACAAUUAUCAACUGGAAGGGUGGCAGGAAUACCUCCUUUGAUAAUAUAUGCUGAACCAGUCUCUUUUGAACCUAUUGGAGGUGGACCGAGUGAAGGAUUAUUUGCUAGUUUAUUCCGUGGCAAAAGGAAAUGAUCUAUCCAUAAUGUGUGGAAAUGACACAACACUUAAUUAUUUUCAAAAACGUGUUUAAAUACUAACAACAAAAACAAUUUACGCAGAGAUCUAUUCUGACCUAGUUAUCUGUUAUUUCCAUAAUUGUUAUUUUUCUAGAAUUAAGAAACUAAUUUACAUAAAAAUAUUACAAAAUUAAUUUGUCCAGUUUCUUCGAUUUUGCUUAUUCUUUGGUUAACGUGUCUUGUACACUUACCUUUCUAGUAUAAGAAGUUUAACGUUGUCAUUUUACAUAUUGUUGCGUCAUCGAGUCACAUGACUACUGUGACGCAACGUUUC